CGUUCCCAGCCCGAGCUUGGGGCGGGGAAGGGGAGGGGGGUGAGGAGGAGUGCGCAUGCGCACGCACUCCGGGCGGCCCCGCCCCCAGAGGCGCGCCCCCCAGGGGCCCGGGGCCUGCUCUUUGGCUCAGCCGGGGCAAUGGAGGCCCUGCGGAGGGCCCACGAGGCCGCGCUGCGGCUGCUGCUGUGCAGGCCUUGGGCCUUGGGCGCCGCCUCCCGCCCGAAGCCCCGCGCCUCGGAGGUGCUGACGCGGCACCUGCUGCAGCGGCGCCUGCCGCACUGGACCUCCUUCUGCGUGCCCUACAGCGCGGUCCACAACGACCAGUUCGGCCUGUCGCACUUCAACUGGCCCGUGCCGGGCGCCAACUACCACGUCCUGCGCACCGGCUGCUUCCCCUUCAUCAAGUACCACUGCUCCAAGGCGCCUUGGCAGGACCUGGCCCCGCAGGACCGCUUCUUCACGGCGCUCAAGGUCAUCAACCUGGGUAUUCCAACUUUAUUAUAUGGACUUGGCUCCUGGUUAUUUGCCAGAGUCACAGAGACUGUUCAUACCAGUUACGGACCAAUAACAAUCUAUUUUCUAAAUAAAGAAGAUGAAGGUGCCAUGUAUUGAAAGUAUGCAUUGGAAAAUACAAAUAUCAAUGAAUUUGUUCCCUUGUAUGUGUGUGUGUGCAAUAUUUAUUUUUGAUCUUUUAAAAUAAAAUGCUGGCAAA